UACUUUUUGAAACUAUUUUCAAAAUUUUUUUUCAAAUUUUUAAUAUUUAUUUUCUAUUUUUUAAAAUUUUAAACCUCAAACCCAAAUCCCCAUCCAUUAACUCUAAACCCUAAGGUUUGGAUUAGUAAACCCCAUGAGUAUAAAUGUAUAUUUACCUCUUUAAUGAAACAUUUUGGUCAUUCUGAUUUUUAUAGUCUAUAUUUGUGAUAGAAACUUUUUAGUGCUAUCCUAUGGUAUUUCCCUUAUAAAAAUGAAAAUAUAUUAAAUAAAAUUAGUUUUUAAUAUAGAUAUUACUAUUUUUUAUAAUAGUUAUUAAUAAAACUUACGGAUCCGGAUAUCCGGACUAAGAAAUCAAGAUAUCCAGAUUCGGAUUCGGCUUUGACGGAUCCAACAUUUUACUAUUCGGAUCCGGAUUCGGUCUUUCCAGAUAUCCGGAUGUGCAGAUCGGAUCCGGAUCGAAUCUCGGAUCGAAUCCGGAUCUUGGAUAAAAGUCUCAUGCCUAGGGGGGACCCCAUUGGAGAUGGUGUAAAUAAAUAAUCACAUUAAGGCUUCGAAUGGUAGCCAGCUUCCCGCCCCGCCCCGCAGUUAAGAGUAACAAAAAUCUCUAUAUAUACAUUAUAUAUACAUAUUUUUAUAACUGUUAGAACAGCACCGCAAUUAAACCGCUUGUUUCGCACCGCUUAACCCGCAGUCACCAUUCGGAGCACAAGAGAAUUCAUCAACUCUUAUUCACAUAUUUAUGUAUUGUGAUCUGCCGAGUUGUCUUUCUAAUCCUCAACGACAUUUGGUCAAGGGCAUCGCAGUUUCUACUAGUUUUAUAUUUGUGGUAAUAUAAAUAAAUGGUGUAUUCAACUGGAAUUUUCUCCUUUAAUAAUAUAUAGUUUAUAAAGUAUGGACUGAGUCUAUUUAAAAAACUAAUAAUGAACAAGAAAAGAUCAACAAAUCGAGGCCUAUUAAAACUCCAUCACCGGCUAAUCAUAUUACUUCUGUGGUGUAUCUCUCAAAACAGAGAAUUUGAUAAACGGCUAAUCAUAUUACUUCUAAUGCCUCCGUCUUCAACGGCUAAUUUGUACCGACGAAUCUUACUGCUAGUUAAGAAGAAGAAGAAGAAGAAGAAGCCGUCCCCUGAACUCCCACAGACACCGCAGCAGUCGACACCGAUUUCGUCGCUUCCUGAUGACUUGCUAUUGACUUGCUUCGCACGCAUCUCUAGAUCAUACUACCCAACUCUCUCCCUCGUCUCCAAAAGAUUUCGAUCUCUCCUUUCUUCGCCUGAGCUUUACGAGACCCGAUCCCUCAUAGGCCGCACCGAGAGUUGCCUCUAUCUCUGCUUACGGUUCCCUCCUGACCCCAACACACGCUGGUUCACUCUCUGUCGGAAGCCUGAGUUCCAAACCCUAACCAGCAAGAAGAAGUCAAGUGGUAAUAUUUUGGUUCCAGUUUCAGUUCUUAACGCUCCUCCUGUCGAUUGGACAACUCUCGUCGCGGUCGGUCCUUACAUCUAUGCCAUCUGCGGACACGUUGAAAAGGCUCCCUGCUCUACCGUCCCGUUCCUUGACUGUCGAACUCACACUUGGCUCGAAGCUCCAAGCUUGCGGCUUGCAUACACUGAUAGUGAACAUGACGGUAAGAUGUAUUUAGCAGGAAACGGUGAAGAUCCAACUUCUUUGAACUGUAUUGAAGUGUUCAACACGAAGACAAGAACUUGGCAGCCCGUGCCGCCCGGAAAACGUGAGCUACACGGUAAGAAUAUGGAAGGAAAAAUGAUCGUAGCCAGCGUCAAUAAAACUACUGGUGAGAAGGGUUUGGCUUUUAAGCCAAAGGAAAGGACAGGGGAGUUGCUAGGAUCGAAUACGGAUUGGGAUUCUCCCUGUAUGAUAGGAAACAUAGCCUACUAUUAUAGGUCUUGCAGUGGUGAGUUUGAAUGGUUUGACACCAAGAAUGAUAAUGUUUUUGGGAAAUUACAAGGUUUAGAAGGGCUACCGGAGUUUGCAGGUUACAGUUGUGUCAAAUUGGUGGAACACGGUGGAAAGAUGUUGGUUUUGUGGGACAUGUAUGCCCCUGCAAGGGGGUUUAGGGAGGAGAUUAUUUGGUGUGCAGAGAUUAAGCUUGAACGGCGCAGCUGUGAAGAGAUUCGGGGGGAAGUCGAGUGGUUUGAUGCUGUUCUUAAAGUGCCUAAGUCUUACGAAUUUAUGUAUGCUAUCUCUUGUACUGUUUGAUGGAUGACUCAUGGCAUAGUGUAACCCUUUCUGCUACUGUUUGGAUAAAUGGGUUAUCUGACAAGCGGGUAAUGUUGUUGUAGUUGUGAAUAUAAAUGUGUUGCAAAACGGUUGAUUAUAUCUAAUAACAGAACAUAUGGUUUGAUUUUGAAA